GUACAAAAGGUAUACAUUAAAUAAAAAAAACCAUUCACAAGAAUGAAUACUACAUUUAUCCAUUAAUAAAUCAUAUUUGUGAAAGAAAAUAUAUUCUAGGGGGACUGAAAUCAUCUUUAAUCAAAGUCAAGUGAAGCUUAUUUAAUUCAGGUGCUCAAUUGUUAUAAUUGUUUAUCUGUAUAGUGUGUAAAUCUGCUUUAAACGUCUUCCCUCAUAUUAAUUAUUUUACUUGAAGGCAUUAAAUAUCACACAAUAGCACACAUCCUCACGCCCUUCCAGAAUGUCACGCAAAAGUAGAACUGCAUUUCCCAGAAUUCCCCGCUCUCGCGUCACCUGCGCUCAGCGGAGCAUCCCGAGUGUCGAGCGCCGAGCAGAAGCGCAAACACCGAUUUCUGCCGUGUUCGGUAGCUGUCGGUGAUGGUCGCACACCGGAGAGCAGGCGUUCACGAUGCGGAACGGAACGGAAUAUCUCCGGUGAGUGAGGAGUGUCCGCUGCUUUUUCAUCCGUCCGGAAUCGCGCACAAACUGCAGCAAGAUGAAGAAGCAAUUCAACCGAAUGCGGCAACUGGCCAACCAGACGGUGGGCAGGGCAGAGAAGACUGAAGUCUUGAGUGAUGAUCUGCUGCAGGUGGAGAAGCGUCUGGAGCUGGUCAAGCAGGUGUCUCACAGCACACACAAGAAGCUGAGCGCGUGUCUGCAGGGUCAGCAGUGUGUAGAGGUGGACAAACGCUCCGUACGCUCGCCUUCAAAGAAGCUUCCUCUGACGUCUCUGGCUCAGUGUCUGGUUGAAGGAGCUGCUGUUCUGGGUGAUGACUGUCUGCUGGGUAAGAUGCUGAAGAUCUGUGGAGAAGCUCAAGACAGCCUCGCUCAGGAGCUUCUGCUCUUCGAGCUGCAGAUCGAGCGGGACGUGGUGGAGCCGCUGUACACUCUCUCUGAGGUUGAAAUUCCCAACAUUCAGAAGCAAAGAAAACAUUUAGCCAAACUGGUCCUGGACAUGGAUUCUGCUCGCACACGGUGGCAUCAGUCCUCCAAAUCCUCAACUCUGUCCAAUAAGGAAACGCCAACAGGGGCCAAAGCCGACGCCCUCAGGGAGGAGAUGGAGGAGGCGGCCAAUCGCAUGGAGAUCUGCAGAGAUCAGCUCUCAGCAGACAUGUACAGUUUCGUGGCCAAAGAAAUUGACUAUGCAAACUACUUCCAGACGCUCAUAGAGGUUCAGGCGGAGUAUCACAGGAAGUCUCUGGAGCUCCUACAAAGCGUUCUGCCACAGAUUAAAGCUCAGCAAGAGUCGUGGGUGGAGAAGCCGUGUUACGGUAAACCUCUGGAGGAGCACCUGACUCUGAGCGGGAGGGAAAUCGCCUUCCCCAUUGAAGCGUGUGUGACCAUGCUGCUGGACUGCGGCCUGCAGGAGGAGGGGUUGUUCAGAGUUGCUCCGUCUGCGUCGAAGCUGAAGAAGCUGAAGGCGUCUCUGGACUGUGGUGUGUUGGACUAUCAGGAAUAUUCCGCAGAUCCACACGCUAUCGCUGGUGCCCUGAAGUCAUACCUGCGGGAGCUGCCUGAACCUCUGCUGACCUUUGACCUUUAUGAGGACUGGAUUCAGGCAUCAAAUAUUGCGGAUCAGGACAAGCGUCUGCAGGCUUUGUUGUCGACGUGUGAAAAGCUGCCAGUGGCGAACAGCAACAACUUCAAGUAUUUAAUCAAGUUUCUUGCCAAGAUGAACGAGUAUCAGGAGUAUAAUAAAAUGACUCCAGGAAACAUUGCAAUCGUUCUGGGGCCCAACCUGCUGUGGGCGCAUGCUGAGGGGGAUAUUACAGAGAUGAUGACCACCGUCUCGCUGCAGAUCGUCGGCAUCAUCGAGCCCAUCAUCCAGCACGCAGACUGGUUCUUCCCUGGAGAGAUUGAUUUUAACGUAACGGGGAACUACGGCAGCCCCGUGCACACCAAUCACAACGCAAACUACAACUCGAUGCCGUCGCCGGACAUGGAGCCGAGCGAGCGCAGACUGCAGGACCAGAGCCGCCGACCGCUCAGCGUCGCCACCGAUAACAUGAUGCUGGAGUUCUACAAGAAAGACGGCAUUAGGAAGAUACAGAGUAUGGGAGUGCGAGUGAUGGACACCUCCUGGGUUUCUCGCAGAGGCUCGUCUUCGUCUCGUAAGAGCUCGUCGACUCCACCCUCUGUUCAUCCACCUGCCCCGCCCUAUGAUUCGCUGAAUCCUGACCAAUCAGCUGAUUUCUCCACCUCCCCCUCACAGACUCCGCCUCCCAUCAGCUGUGAUAGGACCAGCUUGGUGGAGGCGUCGUCCAAUUGGCCGGACUCCAGUCACGUAUGCCCCUCCCCCGAGGAGGAGAGACCGCCCCCUCCGUACCCGUUCUCCUCCAUGUCCUCGUUCUCCUCCUCUUUUUCCUCUUUCUCCCUCCCGCACGCGCGUCCCGAUGGUCCCCCCCCAGUGUUCACCCGCUGGUCAGUGUACAGUCCGCCCCCACCCCUGCUGUCCUCCACCUCUCUAGACAUCAACUCCAACCCCAAACCCUGCUCCCUGCAGCUGUCCAAACAGGGCUCUCUGCCCGCCGAGCCCUCGCACCCGCAUCCGCCUCCGCCCGUCUACAUCAAACCUCCGCUCGGCCUGCCCCGCCACGAGCCCUCGCUCGGCCAGCCCCGGGACAGGGCACUCAGAGUCAUGAGGAAGGAGCCGUCGCCAGUGAUUGGUCAGAGGGGAAUCUCCCCCACAGCGCCCCCUGCUGGACACAACCUGCUGUCUGACCAGAGUCCACACACACUGCGCAAAGUGUCCAAGAAGCUGGCCCCGAUCCCCCCGAAGGCAGCGCUGUGUGGGUGUGAGGUGUCCCCGUCUGCGUCUCCAGCCAGUCUGUCUCCCACUCCGCCCAGCACGCCGUCCUCAUACAGCUUCAGUUACUCUCAGAGCUGCGUGCUCACGUCUCCAGGACACACACACGCACACACACCGCCCGCGCUGGCCUCCCCGCCGCCGCUGACCGGCACGCUGCCCAAAAACAGACCAACACCCAAACCUCCGCGACACCGACCCAGCCUCCCGCCACCGCCGCAGCCGCCGGACGCACUGACCCCCGCCGAGAGCAUGUCCACAGCGGUGUGAUUUCAUUGGUCGGUGGGCUUCGGCUCAGGCGGGUAAGCAGAAGUGUGUGUGUGUGUGU